GCCAGUGUCUUAAAGACAGAAAGCACAAAAGGGAAAUGCACAGGAGCAAGAACUAAGGUCAACAGAUGAAAGGAGAAGCCUGUAUAGUGACAAUCCUGGACGCUUUUUAAAUGUGGGAACUGCCAGCUGGACCGAAAAGGAAGUGAAGAGGAGCAUCUGGAGAAUCUAGGACAUUUAUCAGCUAACCUUCAUAAGUGUCCAGCCUCCUCAUAGCAGAAUGGAUGGGUUAACUGCUGUCAUUGUCCGUGGCUUUAAAUGUCAUCUGCCAUGGCAAAGCGUGAGGCUGGGAGCACCAGCCCUGUGGUGCGUCAGAUAGACAAGCAGUUUCUGGUCUGCAGCAUCUGUCUGGAUCACUACCGCAACCCCAAGGUCCUGCCCUGUCUGCACACCUUCUGUGAGAGUUGUCUCCAGAACUACAUUCCCCCAGAGUCUCUGACGCUCUCUUGUCCAGUGUGUCGGCAGACAUCCAUCCUGCCAGAGAAAGGAGUGUGCGCUCUACAGAACAACUUCUUCAUCACUAAUCUCAUGGAGGUCCUUCAACGAGACCCAGAGUGCUCGCGGCCAGAGGCCUGCAGUGUUCUGGAGUCGGUCAGUGCUGCAGCUGCAGGGAAGCCCCUCUGCUGCCCAAACCAUGAGGGAAAGGUGAUGGAGUUCUACUGCGAGUCGUGUGAGACAGCCAUGUGUCUGGACUGUACAGAGGGCGAGCACAGGGAGCAUGUGACUGUUCCUCUGCGGGACGUCGUGGAACAGCACAAGGCUGCGCUGAAGACACAGCUGGAUGCCAUACUGAGCAGGCUGCCUCAGCUAACAGCAUCCAUCGAGCUGGUGAGCGAGAUCUCCCGCCAGCUGAAUGAAAGGAAGAAUGAGGCAGUGGCAGAGAUUACCAGUACGUUUGAAGAGCUGGAGCGGGCGCUGCAUCUGCGCAAGACGGCCCUCAUUACAGACCUGGAGAACAUCUGCAGCACUAAGCAGAAGGUCCUGCAGGCCCAGCUUACGGCUCUCCUUCAGGGGAAGGAACACAUACAGAGCAGUUGCAGCUUUACGGAGCAGGCGCUCAGCCAUGGGAGUGCUACUGAGGUGCUGCUGGUUCAGAAGCAGAUGAGUGAGCGGGUAACAGCGCUGGCUAGACAUGACUUCCCAGAGAGACCACAUCAGAAUGCACACCUGGAUUGUCAGGUGGAGACUGAAGGUCUGCGGCGCUCCAUCCAGAACCUGGGGGUUCUCCUUACCACAGCUGCUGUGGCUCACACCUCCGUCGCCACGGGAGAGGGCCUCCGACAUGCAGCGACUGGGCAGCACCAAACAGUUACCGUGACAACUAAAGACAAAGAUGGGGAGUUGGUGCGGACGGGAAAUGCUGUUUUAAAAGCAGAGAUAACGUCUGCUGAUGGGAACCGCAUUACAGAGGCGGAGAUAGCGGACAAUAAGAAUGGGACAUAUGAGGUGGGCUACACGUUACGCUCAGAGGGAGAGUACUCUUUCGCUCUACUGCUGUACGGCCAGCCAAUACGGGGCAGCCCGUUCCGCCUGCGGGCAGUCAAGCCCUCAGACGUGCCACAAUCUCCAGAUGAUGUGAAGAGGAGAGUGAAGUCUCCCAGCGGGACAGGGGGCCACAUACGGCAGAAAGCAGUGCGUCGGCCCUCCAGUAUGUACAGCACAACCAAGAAAAAGGAGAACCCCAUCGAGGAUGAGCUCAUCUACAGAGUGGGUUCCCGGGGCAGAGAAAAAGGGGAGUUCACCAAUCUGCAGGGAAUCUCAGCCUCUUGUAACGGCAGAGUGGUCGUGGCUGACAGCAACAACCAGUGCAUACAGGUGUUCUCCAACGAUGGGCAGUUCAAAAUGCGCUUUGGAGUUAGAGGUCGGUCUCCGGGGCAACUGCAGAGACCGACAGGCGUCACUGUGGACAUGAACGGCGACAUUGUGGUGGCCGACUAUGACAAUCGAUGGGUCAGCAUCUUCUCCUCUGACGGCAAGUUUAAGAAUAAGAUCGGAGCAGGCCGGCUCAUGGGUCCUAAGGGUGUAGCUGUGGACAAGAAUGGACACAUCAUCACCGUGGACAACAAGGCCUGCUGUGUCUUCAUCUUUCAAUCCAAUGGGAAGUUGGUGACUAAGUUUGGAGGCAGGGGGACGUCUGACAGACAGUUUGCAGAAAAACUUGGCCCAAACUUUAAUAAAUCUGGCUCAGUGUUCAGCCCGCACUUUGUUGCAGUGAACAACAAGAAUGAAAUUAUUGUGACCGAUUUUCACAAUCACUCUGUAAAGGUGUACAGUGCAGAUGGAGAGUUCCUGUUCAAAUUUGGCUCUCAUGGUGAAGGCAAUGGCCAGUUUAAUGCUCCCACUGGUGUGGCUGUGGACGCCAAUGGAAACAUCAUUGUAGCUGACUGGGGAAACAGCAGAAUACAGGUGUUUGACAGCACAGGCUCCUUCUUAUCGUACAUCAACACGUCAGCAGACCCGCUGUACGGCCCCCAGGGCCUCGCCCUCACCUCAGAUGGACAUGUGGCUGUUGCCGACUCCGGCAACCACUGCUUCAAGGUUUACAGAUACCUGCAGUAGUGCACAACCCCCGCUUUUAAACAAGCUAACGUCACAUACUGCUUGUUGACAUAGAGCUGCAACCGGCCUUCACACUUUACAGUGGCCACAUGUUCCACAAAUGAAUUUCCUUUUUAUUGUAUAUGCUUUAGAUCUAAUAUUCAGAGCUUUAGACAAAGAAAUCUGAGAAAUAUGUUGACAUGAAAAGCAACCAAAGUUCAAGUGUGAUUAAAGAAGUUAAGAAGUUAAAUCUAACAAGCAACUUAGGAAUAACUAGAUACAUCUACAUAGUCAUGGUCUACCUUAAACUUAAGUGUUUUAGCCAAAUCCCUUAAGGAAAAAAAAAUAAACAGGAAAUUAUCUUGUGGAACAAGGCGUUGCAGCUGUAUUUCUCACAAGUGUGACCUCACCAGUAGACAGCCUGCCAGUCCGAAGUUGGUGAUACACUGCAAUUUUUUGGGGCAAUGCGGAUGGGCAACACUUCCAGCGACCAGCAAACAAAAGCGAGACACAGAAGCAGAACCUGUCUCCCCGUUUCCCGAUGAUGCUUCGUGAUCGAAAUAACGAUGCUCAGGGCUUUUCCUUGAACACUGUUGCAUGACGCUCCAAAAAAUGACCCUGUCGUCACUGCCUUCAAUUUUCUCAACCGUACAAACACAGCAGAACACACGCAGACAGGAAUGUGUAAAAGGAAUUGUUUCUUAUUCUCGUUUUGCACCUUACCACUCCGAGAAGAUCCCUGCACAUUGAUAAAGAUUUUUGUUUUCUUUUGAGUCACGAGAUGAGUUGACCUAUAUGCACGUUUUAUUUGUUUUGGUACCCAAAGACAAGCAGCAAGAAGCACAACAGUUAAUAGAACGACACGUUUUUUUUGAACGCAUCUUCUAUUAACCAAAACUUCUUAUAUCUGACCCCACUAUUUCUUGCACUUUUGAGUAUUCAUAUCUACAACCUAAUGUAGUUGUACAUACGGUAUGCAUAUUAAGGUGUACAUAUGGAUUUGGUGUCCAUGUUAUUUCACUAUAUAGCCUACUUAUUACAGCACUUAAUGAAUCAACACUGGAGCAUAUACUAAUACAGUAGAAAGGUCAUGCCAAGUAGUAGCCAACUGAAUGACUUGCAAACAUCAAUGGAACAAAGUUGUAUACACAUUAUUUGCUGUAUUUUUUUUUUUUUUUCAAAGGACUUAAUUUAUUUUUUCUUUUCUUUUCUACAUAAUUUGUUCUACAAAUUAUUUUUCUAAUUGGUGCAUUUGAACUGUCUCCUCUUUGCCAAACAUCUCCGUACAUAGGCCUUGUAACUCGUAGCACUGAAAGCCGUCUUCUCUUUUGCUCACCUCCAGUUUGAAACAGUAACUUUUCCUUCUGCCAAAACGUAUCGUUGUAAGUUGUUGUUGAACACUGCACAAAAUACAAAAAUAUUAUAAGAGUUAUAUAGUUUGCGAGAGUAAUAUAUGCCUCUGUGUAUAGUUAUCAUUUAACAUAAUCAGAAAGUGUACUGUAUAUUACAAUCACAUUCUUGUUGUAGCUGACAAGCACCUUUAUCAUGGGGUUUUUCCAGUAUUUGUACUCAUUCGCUUGGUUGUUCAGUGUUUUGAAGGUUUUCCGUGUGGCUCCUCGAGGAACACAUCACCAGCUAACACCAGAAAGUUUUCCACCUGUAUUUUACAAUCUCUCCCUGAUAAUUCAUCUGUAAUCCAUUCUGUGUUUCCAUCUGCAUUUCCCAUCGUAUGGAAAACUCUCUGUAAUGACAGAUUUAGUUGACUGUCCUCCUCCAUUAAUCAGACCCCUGUGUUCCUAUGGUUUUGUUUUUCUGUCCGUCUCUCACCUGUAACCGUCACUGUCCCACCCAUGUCUGUGUGAAAUAAAGGAAGCACAUACUGUAUAAAUGAAACAGUACAUCAACCAUCAUGUGUAGCCUACAAGAGGCCAGCCUAACAAGAAGUAAUCACUACAUUUAUGUAAUCAAGGCAAAGGUAUGAUUGUAAAUAUUAAAGAAUUACACUAUGAACUACUGUGUGAACAACUUCAGUUUUUUAUGCUUUUUCGUACAAUAUGUGUUAAUGAGGUGAACAUUUUGAUAUGCUUCUUUUAUGGCAUAUCAGAAACCAGCAUGUCCACAUCUUUUCUUGCAGAGAUAAGAGUCUAAAUAUACGGCUGCCUUCUGAAGUGGAUCAGGUAGUCGGAGUCCCAUCCUGAGAGGCCUUUUCUUUUUUUUUUUGUUAAAGGCCCUUGCUCUCCAGUGGUUAUUUGAAAUUGGAAAAAUAAUGUUCAUUCAGUUUCUGUAAUAGCUUAUCCUGUUGGGGGUCACGGGGGGCUGUAGCCUAUUCCAGCUGACACUGGGCGGGAGGUGGGGUACAUCCUGGACAGGUCACCUGACUGUGGCAGGGCUGGCACAUAGAGACAGACAACCAUUCACACCUAUGGCCAAUUUAGAGUCACCAUUAACCUCACCUGCAUUUCUUUGGACUGUGGGAGGAAGCUGGAGUACCUGGAGAAAACCCACGCUGACACAGGGAGAACAUGUAAACACAGCACUGAAGACCUUCCCACCCUGGAGUUCGAACCAGGAACCCUCUUGCUGUGAGGCGACAAUGCUAACCACUGCCUUCGCACCACUUAUUAUAGAUUAUUGUUUGUGUUUUUUGCCUUUUUCGUCAUGGGAUAGUUCGAGAAUGACAGUAGGGGGAUGAGACACAGCAAAGGACUGCAGGUUGAAGUCCAACCUGGGCCGCUACGAGGACUCAACCUACAUGGGUGCACACUCUACCAAAAGGAAUGGGAACUUGACUGAAUCACUUGUUAUGCCAUGUCAUUCAAAAUAUGAGCUAAAUCUAAAAACUAGCCUAUGAGUGGACAUUUUAACUUAUAUCGUUAGUAGCUAUGUGAUGU